AUGGUUACAAUCCUCCACGAAAUCGGCAUGCUGUUUCGCUCUGCCCCCGCCAGUCGCAGGGGCAUCGCCAGAAGAGGAAAAACGUCGUACACGUCGCCAGGUUCGCGCGCCUGCGACCCAAUCUCCAGCGCUUCGAGAGGCACGUUGUCGCACGCCGUUAGGAGCGAAUCUGUGCGUUCAGAAUCACCAUCGUUCGCAUCGCCGCAGGAGAACAUCGACAUGGAUCGCGACGCGAGAACGCACGUCUGCGGCAGGAUGCCCAGAUUCCACGGCGACGCGAUUAGGAGCGACGACGGCGACGACGAGGACGGCGACGACGACGACGACGAUGGCGACGAUGGCGACAACAAAAAGGGGGUCGUCGCGGCGCCGAAGCUUAUGGCUCCCGCCGUGAUCGGCGGAGGGGGACUUGGCGGAGCGGCAGACGAAGGAGAAGGUGCAGGCGGGGAAGGGGGGACCGGGGUGGCGCGGGGAGAAGAAUUCGUUCGCGGGAGGCGGAGGCGGAAUGAGGAGGAUGUCGUGCCAGAUGGAGGACACGUGGCCGGCGCUGAUUAG